GGUGGGUAGAAGCUCCUGCUGCUUGAUUGCUCAGAUAUCCGUUAACAUCAGAGCUGGAAGGAGUCACCUGGUGGCUUCAGGCUUCACUCAGAAACACAGCGAGGCCUCAGGAGGGACCCUAACCCUCUUCAUCUACACAACGCGGCUCUUCACAACAAGACCAUGAGUGCUCACGAGCACAACGCCACGCUGGAUUUAUAUAAUGACACAUUAUGGUUCAUCCACUGCACCAUCGACCUGGAUUCUGUCGGAGACUACCGGCGCAUCGCCCUCUUCCUCAUCUACCUUUUCAUCUUCAUGGUGGGCCUGCUGGAGAACGUGCUGGUCAUCUGGGUCAACUGGCGCCGACGCCACUCGGCCAACGGGGUCCUGUUCUGCAUCCUCAACGUGAGCCUGUCGGACCUCAUGGUGAUCGUGAUCCUGCCGUUCUUCAUGAUGGAGGUGACCAUGGACAAGGUCUGGCUGUGGGGUCGCUUCCUCUGCAAGGUGACCAACCUCGUCUACGCGGUUAACUUCUACAGCAGCUCCUUCUUCCUGGCCCUCAUGACCGCGGAGCGUUAUCUGUCCCUCACCAGACCCUUGUUUCCCGCCUUCUUCCCCGUGCUGGGCCGUCGCCGCUGGGUGCUCUGUGGAGGCCUUUGGGUGCUCUCCUUGUUCCUGGCGCUGCUGGAGAACGUCCACGUGGAUCUUCUGGAGUGGGACGAGCCGGGCUGCUACAUGUGGCCUGAACACAACUUCACAGAGUGGUUUGUCUCUGUGGGUUUCCUCUGCCUGGUCUUCCAGUUCUUGGGCCCCGCCGCUGUCAUCAUCACCUGCAACGUGCUGAUUGCUCGUGCGAUUCGGACGGCGCCGGAUGUUCAGGGCCGGCGGGACGUGUGGCUGGUUCACGUUUACUCCCUGGUGUUCGUCCUGUGCUGGUUGCCCUACCACUUCGUCAGGUUCCUGAUGAUCGUGGAUGACAUCGACCCCUUCAUCUUCAGCUGCAACACGAUGGAUGUGCUGUACUUCUCGUUCAGCGUGGUGCACAGCCUGUCUCUUUUUCACUGCGUGGCAAACCCCAUCCUCUACAACUUCCUCAGCAAGAGCUUCCGAGACAACCUGGUCAACACCGUGCUGAGCCAGUUACCCAGAGAUGGAACUGGGAACCAGCUGGGAGCCGGGACCAACGCUCCCAACGGAGGAGGGGGAGACCCGGGGAAGCAACGCAAGUUAAGUAACGCCAGCACCAGCCAGUCCAAUGUUGGAUCAUAAAUAAAAAGAAGCUGAGAUGAGAAAACUUCACGAGACGUUUUCUAUAAAGAUUUGACAGAACUGAAUGGAGAUCAUCAGAUCAUCUCUUUGGUCAGACUCAUUGUGAUGUUUGUUACAGCCUCACUCUCAUAAUCCAUUUCCUGUUAUGUUUUUGUUUUCUUACCAUGUAUCUGAUCACAGAGGAAGGCAGGAAAUGUUUGAAGUGCUUUUUUUGUUGUUGUUUAAAGCUGCUCAACUCCCACAGAACUCAUGGCAGUCUCCAAGGUCUCCUGGCACAGAAUAACCGUGCCACAGCAGGAAUGUGUGAAAACAAAGCUGAUCGUGCCAGAUAAUCCUCAUAAACAUCUUGUGUUUAAUUUUCAACAGAUAAAUCAUUACUGUUGUUGUAAGCUGCAAAACCUGAGCUUGCACUUUAUCACAAAGAGCAGAAACGAGCUUUCGGUACGUGAAUGUUUGGAGACAUUUUGCUGCUCUUGCACUUAGUUAUCUCCCUUCUCACAGUCUUUAUUACAUUUACUUCAAUUGCUGUCCAUCUGGAAUGUGUCACUUUCAACAGUUUAAAUGAUAAGGAGGCAGAAAAAGGAAAAGGGGGUGUUCGUCCACACAUGGGACAAUAGCAGGAAGAGACCGCAGCUUUUAAAAAGGGCAAAGGUCACGUUCCCCUGGAAGCAGGAGGUUCACAAAACUGCACACAUUUCUGCAAGUUCAUCACUGGAAAUCUGAUGAUGGGUGUUUUGUUUGUGGUUCAGGACACUAAAAGGUCGUUAAAACAGAUAAAAACAUCAUCAGGGGGUGAUAACAGUCUUCCAAAAGGCAUUUAUUUAAUUAUUUUUAAGAAUCCAUAUUUAAAAAAAGGCGAACAUUCAAACAUAGCUUGAAAAGCAGAUAUGUAUAAAGGCAAAUAACAGUUACACUGCCAUCAUAAAUAUGAGGUAAGACACAUAUCACACAGAAAGGUGAUGGGCAUUUAAAUAUCUCUAUAACACGCUCUAAACAAGUGAACACAGCAUGUGGCUAAAAUGCACAUUCUAAAAUCAUAUAGAAGGAAACAUUAUUCAACAUAAAACAACACGUUUCAUGAUUCAAUGACAAAUAAAAAGCACUCAAGUCUUAAGUGGAUGGUCAUGCUGUACCUGUGGUUUCAAUGUGACAAAUAGUGACUGCAACUCUAGGAAAAUAAUUGAUAUGCUACAAUGAGGUGCUACUUUAAUAACAGUGUAAUUAUCAACCACUGACAUAAAAACCUAUCCUCAUAUUAAAGAUAUAAAGUUACAGACUCAAUCGGAGUAGAUACAUAUGAUACACUGCCAUCAAGUGGUUGCUUUUUAUCUUAGUUCACCUCAGACUCAAUGAACAGCAUCUGACAGAUUAUAGCCUAUAUGUCCACCACGCUCUUAAAGUAUAAACAUGUACCUUCCCGGAUAUUCCGGAAUAAGACCCAAAUAUAUAUAUAUAUAUAUUUAUUAUUAUUUUAUAUAUAUAUAUAUAUAUAUAUAUAUAUAUAUAGUCUAUAUGAAACAUUUUUAUUUAUUUGUAUUCUUACCUGAAGAGAAUGAGGUUAUGUGUUUGUUUGUAUUUUGUUGUGUGACCAAGCCGACUGUUUGUCUUGUUGUUGUAAUGUAUCAUAUGUUAUGUGAUCUGCACAACUGUAAUGUGACCCUGUCAAUCACAACCUGUCAUCUCUGUUUAAUUUGUGUACGAAAAUCAAUGAACAAAGUUUAUAACAAAUAAAGUAUAAACAUGUUAAAGCAA